AUGCCAACGAUAAGAAACCAGUUACAAGCACAGACAACAGCGAACAGCCAUGUAUCAAACAAAUUAAAAUUGACAAAACGUAUCUUCACUGUGGGUACUUGGAACGUUCGAACAUUAUGGGCAACUGGUAAAUUGGAACUAUUAAGAAAUGAAAUGAAACACUACAGAUAUGAUGUUAUCGGCAUAUCAGAGGUACGUUGGACAGAAAAAGGUGAAACAACAAAUGGUGAUUUUAUUUGGUCAGGUGAAAGCAAUACACAUACAAAAGGUGUGGGAAUGUUACUAAUUGUAAAAGCUCGUAAAGCACUUCUCAGCUACAAUCCAGUUAAUUCAAGAUUAAUUUCGGCACGAUUUACAGCAACACCAUUCAACUUAACAAUAAUCAAUGUUUAUGCACCAACAUCGGAAGCGUCAAUGGAUGACAUUGAAACAUUUUACGGCAAUUUGGAAGAAGCGGUGGAGAAUACUCCAAAAAAGGAUAUACUCAUUAUUACUGGUGAUUGGAAUGCAAAAGUGGGUGAUAACAAUACAGGAUGGGAGUCUUUCAUGGGUAAAUAUGGCUAUGGUACAAUAAAUGAACGUGGUGAACAAGUAUUGGAAUUUUCAACAUCUCACAAUCUAUUUAUUUGUAACACAGCAUUUCAACAAAAACCAAAUCGUAAAUGGACCAAACAAACCGCAACAGAAUCUGCGACACGACACCAACCAACUCAAGGACCAAGCAACAAGAAACAAAUUUCAAGCAAAAUUGGAACACCAGCUGAAUAA